AUGGAUAAGACAAGAAAUCCAAGUUUGAGAUUCAAGCGCAAUGUUGAUGACAGUUUGAGACCACGACAUCAUCACCAUCAUCGGCAUCAUCACUAUCAAGAUCAACAAAAUAAUAAAAGAACGAUCCCAGAUAUUUAUCAACAAGCUUCGAAAAAGGAGAAGGAUGAUGUGGGAAAAGAAGAGAAGGAUAUAACUUAUAAGGAUAAGGACAUAUUGGCCGAAUAUACUGAGAAGUUUGAUAUUAUUGAGGCUCCUGACUUUAUUCCUUCGGAUGAUGAAAGUUCCUUAAAUGCGAACACAAUCAACAGAAUCAAGGGCAAGGAUGGCCAUAUUAAUUUAAUUACGGGAGAGGUGAUUGAUUCUAAACAACGUCAAAAGGGAUUUGAGGCAGUUGAAAUGGACGAAAAUGACAGUAAAAACACAGAUGAUGGUAAUACUUCAAUCCAGGCAAGCAAACACAACAAGUCUAUUCUUGAUGUUGACUACACAUUCGGCGAUAGGGGAAGUAACUGGAGGAUGAUAAAGCUUGAAAAUAUCAUUAAAGAAAGCAGAUAUGGGGAAAAAUCUGUUGAAAGUGAGGCUAUGAACAGAUAUGGGGAUUUAGCAUUAUUCUACAUAGCAAUGGAAGAGAGGGAAGAAUUACAAAGAAGAAAGAGGACCAGAGACAAGUCAAAAUGGGUAUUCAAACCAACAGGUAGAAUUGCACGAGAACAUGGCUUGUUAUUGAAUAGGGCACUAGAAGAUGAUGAUUCCAAACAGGAAAGAAAUGUUAAUAAGAAACAAGUGAAUGAGGCUCGAAUACAGAUGAUGAAAGCAAGAAUACGGAAACAACCUGACUUUAAGGAUAAGGAGGAGAAGUAUAAGGAGUUGAAGAGGAAAUAUGACGAGGUAUCUGAUGGAAAACCGAUACAUUCAGCUAUUUCCCAAAAUUCGUCGCCGAUAACAGAAGAUGAGAUGUCAGUAGAGCAACUUGCAAAAAGAGAGCAUUUAAUGGGCUCUAAUGAGUUCAUGAAAACUACAGCGAAACAGUUGGCGUCUGUGAAAUCUUUUGAUAAUGCAGAUUUAGAUUCCCAGGAUGAAAUGGCAUUCACAUUGGCAAAACUUGAAAGUAAGAAGAGGCCAAAGGACAACUUAAAAGCCUUAAAAAUGCUCAUGACAAAUCCAAAACUUGCAAAGGCAAUUUCACAUUGCACGUACUGCCUCACAAACAAUAGGAGUCAUCCACCAGUCGUUAAAAGUACGCGGAGUUUUUACUUGAGUCUAAUGCCAAGACCAGAAGUCACAGAGGCAGGAUGUAUGAUUGUUCCAUACGAACAUAUUCGAAACUCACUAGAAUUGGACACGGACCAAGCAGAUGAGCUUAAGGAUAUGAUGACAGAAAUUUCUCUUUUAUAUUUCAAGAAGUGGCAUAAAAACGUUAUAUUUUACGAAAACUCGGUUUCGGAUUCUAACCACCUGACAAUCAGGGUUGUUCCAUUGCCGAUCAGCUAUAAACCGGAUGUGAUCAAGACAUACUUUGUGAAUGGUAUACUUGAACAUUAUGACGAGGCCACAAGUACCCACAAGCCAGUAAUAGACACUAUGAGUGAAACAGGCCAGAAGUAUGACAGUCUUAUUGCGAAAAAUGCACCUUUCUUCCAUGCUUGGUUGACAGCAGAGGGUGGUGUUGGUCAUAUUGUUGAGGAUUCUAACUGGCCCAAGGGUGAUCUUUUUGCCAGGGAGAUAAUUGGUGGAAUGUUGAAUGUGGAUGAAUUUGUAGUGCAUUUAAAGCUCAGAUUUGUUCGAGAUGAGGACUUAAUAAAAAAACUAAGGGCUGGUUUAGGAGAUUGA